AUGUUCGUUUACUGUGCUAUCUUUCUGUUUUGCUCAUCUGCACUUGCUUGUUAUAUCAACAAUGGUAAGAGUAGGCGUUGUGAUAGUAAAAGUAAUUUCAGAAAUAACUACAAGAUCGUCUUUCUACCGUAGGCUUACGAACACAACAUGUAUAACAUACGAAGACUUACUACGAGAUGUAACAGACGACUCAAAUUAUAAUAUAGUGGUACGUUAUAAAUGUAAACAUGUAAAAUGUAUAUUAGAACAUACUUAAUAUGUCAUAUUAUCGAUUGAGAACAAUGUGAAUAACAAUAUAACGUUUAGAUAAUACGAUUACCAUCAACUGAUAGGACAUGGUAUCUUGACAAUAAUAAAAUAAACUUCAAUUCUGCUCAAAAUGAUAACAUAUUCUCAAGUUUACUGUCACAAAACGGCUACCGUAACCUCGAAACGGCCAAUAUUACUGCAAAUGUAAGUGUUUUAUGUACAUCUAAAACAACUUUUUUAGGUAAUAAUACUGAAACAAAACAGUAUUCUGACGUUACAAGACGGUGAAAUGCCCUCUGAUGAGUAUAUUUUAUAUACAAUAACAGAAGAUGAAGAUGACGAACUUGUUACAGAAGAUACGAAAGAAGAUAGUGAUGUUGUAGUAUGUGUCAUCAAGAAGAUGACACUGUUCAGAAGAGAAUUCGGAACAGAAAGCGAUAGUGACACAACUUUAUUAGUCAUAGACAGAGAUAAACAGUGCUUCAAUGUUACAGUAAGCAUUACUUUUAAUAAUACCACAGUAAUAUACCUAAACAUACUAUAUCUGCUAUAAUAUGUAAGUCCCAAAAUAUUGUGUCUAGAUCAACUUUUAUGCCUAUAUCUGGUUUUAAACUGAUUAAAUUACUUUUAAGGUAAGGAACACCACUUCUAUCACAUCUUACAAGACUUGUCACAUCGAGACCGAGAAUACGACGAUUCCCAUGGAAAUCGCCCAGAAUAACUUCACCAACCUUCAAGGAUGUUACACUUUCGACCACAACAGUAACGCCACGCUUUACUGUGACCAGGAUGUGAUUACUCAAGUCUACAUCACCAGUUUCAAACAAUUAGUUACCCGAAAUCUGCCAGAACAGCUGAAUAUUACCCAUCCCAUCCUCAAGGUAAGUCAUUCUUCAAAUGACAUUUUAUAUUAUAUUAUACUAUAAAGAUUAUUUAAUCUACCUCAAGAAAACAAAGCGACACACAUGUCGCGACAUUGCCAAUAAACAACGCUUUCAGAUUCUGAUUUCCCUCGAUUUUCUCCCAAAAAACAUUUUUCCCAAUUCUUCCGCCUUUUGUUCCGUCGGUGAGUGAGGGCGCGCUAAUCGGGGAGACGGUCAGAGAAAGAAAGAGAAGCCGAAAGUCUCUUUUCUUUUUCGCCUCGUUCUUUCUCUAACCCAGUCGUUUGUCGAGAAAACAGUUUAACUCGCCCUAAGAUAAGAUAAAAAAGGUGCGCGAUGAAGGGUAACCAUCUUUCGGCUGACUGGUUAGUGAUGCCAACUUUUUUACAUUACUGAGCGCAAUAACAUAUCUAUGAUAAAUAAUAGCACCAAUUUACAAUAGCCUAUGUGUUAGAAGAUGUAAAGAUGUUGUUUUUGGUGUAAAAGUCCCUAAUGGUAUGAUUAACAUGUUAUUGUAGAUGGAAGUACCAAUGUACCAGCAACCAUACAGGAUAAUUACUGCGCAUGCAACUUUAGCAACUUUAAUACAACAGGAAAACACAGUAUUUACGUGGUACGGUCAUCUGAAUUGUACGAUGCUACGAUGAAGUACCAACAUCCAGUACUAGUAGACUUUAGUACGUUACUCGAGACAUCUUCUCUAUAUGUUACGAUACAUGGCAUACCACGGAAUCCACUGGCCAGAAGUCGGAUUGUUCUGUAUCCUGGGAUCACUGUGAACAUUAGUCACGAUGAGUUCUUCGAUAGUGUUAAGGUAAGAGUCAUGACGUGGUUUGAACGAUAUUGAUAACGGUUUUAUAAUAUAUUGUAAAUGUGUCAUAGUAAGUUCUACUUGUGACACGAAUUAUUCGAAUAUUGCUUUUAGUACAAAUGGUACACUGAUUCUAAGUUAGAAGCGUCUACGCAAUCUCUUACUAUAAAAGGUGGUACCUACAGGAGUGGUCAAGUCGUUAAAGUAACGUUGAUUGUAACAGCAACAUACGAUGGUAAUGUGAUGAAUGGAACGGCUUCUGCUGAGAUUACUGUAAGUAUUUAUUUUAAAAAUUACUGUAACUUUUAUUUUUUUUGUGUGUGAUUUUUUGAUAUAAAGUAGAAUAUAUAUAAGGAAGUUACUAAACUUUUAAUUCUCUUUUUACAGUUUACAAUAUGUAUUUUUUACUGUAAUUUUUCUUGUAUUACUGUUGUACCACUUUCAGUACAUAGUAGAGCCCCUAGUAGCUGUGACAGACAGUUACCAACGUUCCGUAUCUCAAGGUGACGUUCUCUUCUUGGAUGCUUCAGAUUCCUACAACCCGAACUACCGUAGCUCAGUACUGCAACAUUCGUGGCAAUGUGUGGAUGUGAAGAACGAUAAAGAAUGUCAGUUGGACGACAGUACGGUACUUAACAAGUCGUACGUUUCCGUAGACGCAUCGUAUCUUGUUCCUGGUCAGAAGUUGAUGUUCGUAGACUACAUAAGGGAUGAUAAGCUGAAUUCUAGUGUUUCUACGGUAGUUACAGUACAACCUAGGGACGCUCCUACUGUAAAACUAUUACCGUUUACUCAGGUUCAUGUCAACUUUAUGGAUUCGAUACGAACACAAGCCUAUGUACGAUCGUUUGGUGGACAUCUGGAGACGGAAUGGCACUUAUACGAGCUUGAAAGUAAGUUGUAUCUAAAUUUAAAUUGUUGACUCAUACCUAAAAUGUUGUUUAAUAUUGUAUAUAAAAAGGUUUGAGCAUGAUUAUAUCGAUUUAGGUAACAAAUCGAUUGAGCUUGGAGACAACUUUCCUUACAGAAAACGGUCGUUUGAUGACAUUACGGCUAAACAGUACACCUUACUGUCGUUUACGUUACCAUCACAGUCACAGUAAGUCAAGAAUACUUUUUUUUUCAAAGUCUGUAUUAGGUACUUGCUAUAGGUUAACACGUUUUAUUGUUAAUGUAUACUGUAAUUUCAGUCAGCUUCUGAAUCUAUCGUGUUCUAAGUCUUAUGUGAUUCGUCUUCUGGCUAUGAACUCAGCAGGUAUUGGGUGGGCAGAUCGUGUCUUGUCACCAACGUAUGUUCCUCAAGACCUUCAAGUUCGUAUCUUGCCUGAAGGUGAAAUCUACGCAUUGGAAACGGCAGUUACUGUAGAGUUAGCCAACAGUUUGAUUCACUUUUUUAAUUUUUACAUCAGGUUUGGGAUUCGUACUGUAAUGUACGGUAACAAGACUUCAGAACGAUGGAACAGAUUCUCAGCGUUUACUCAGUAUUCAACGUAUCUUCCUUCUACCAUGCAUCUUACGAAUGGUACGUCUUCUGAAGGCGUUUCUACUACAACAUUGUCUACAGAAUCUUUUGAGAAGACAUCAGAACCUUCGGAAUCGGCCUCAGAAGAAGCUUCUGAAUGCAACAACAGAGUAGCAUACCAAGGUCUGGUAGAGUUAUGUGACUUUGACGGUUACUGUAUCCGAGACGAGACUUCUCAGUUCACCGUGCUGCCUUCAAGGAAUCUGGAGGUGGCGUACGAUAACAUGAUGAAGAUGAUGGAAGGAGAUCUACAGGCUGGAGCACCUUUCAGUGCCUUCGACAAGCUGAUGGCAGUCAGUCUAGAGAACUGCACUGAUACUGUACAGAACGUGGAGAUAUUCGACACGUUGGCUUCUCGAGUCAUUCGACAGGUAUCUUCUUCUAGGUGAGUUAAAGAUCGUAUGUUUAGACAUAAAGGGAUUAAGUUAUGUGGUAUACGAUGAUAAAAGUUACCUUUCUUGAAAUUAUAUUGUUUUAGUGAUCUUCUGGAGCUAAUGGAAGGGCUACAGUACCUAAACAACGUUAUGUUACGAGCAUCUGAACGUACUGUAGCUAGAAUGUCGUCUUUAUCAUAUAAGGUGAAGAAUAUGUUGGGGUUCGAGACGAAAAGAUCAAAGAGAAGUGCCGACCUGAUGUCAGCUAUGGCAUUUGGAAGUGGCUCCAGGAUCUCUGAAGACAUGGUGGGUUGGUAUCUCAGUAUAUAUCUUAUGUAAAGUAACAUUUAGUAUGUUUAGAUUAAAAUAUAGUAAAAUAAGGUAAUAUUAUAGUACGAAUUCUAGGCUGACGAGCUUCUGAGAGCGUACGAUCUUCUGAUAAGCAAGAACCAGCAGAGCGAGACCUUGUAUCUCGGCAACGUGGACGACCUUCUGGGUGCUUUCUGUGUUCAGACGGACUCGAAUAACAUUAUGUCGGCUUCUGGAGGCAAAUAUACUGACAUACAGCUACAGGCUUUACUGCCAAGUUACGAGACCUUUCUCAACAGUAGUUACAACCUGGCUGGCACUGAUGGGGAUACGGUAAGUUACUGUGGUGUGGAUGGGAAGGGAAGCUCAGAGGUUGUUACAAGGCAGGUGAUUUUGGCAUUUGAGGGAGGAGCUUUAAAUGUUUUUAUCUUUACUUAUACUUCUAUGUAUAUAUGUUGUUGUACAUACUGAUUACGUUAAGAUCUCAUUCAACGUCAACUUCAAGCAGCAAUAUUCUGAAUGGAAGUGUUCCAAUGGGAAUGUCAGUUGCUCAGAGAUCUGUUUGGGGUCGGGGCAGAUCAAGAGUAGUAUCUUUAACGACAACGAGUUCAUGAGACUAGCCUUUGCCAAUCCAGGCUCAAUUACCAUGUCAUUGGACGACCUGGUCUCUGACAUUCAUCGUAUCUUGUUCAUGGAUCCGAUUAAUGGAGCUGAAGUUGCUCUAGACAGCUUCAUCAAGUAUACAGUCAACAUUCCCUUGACUGACUACUCUUCCGCUAUCUACUAUAAGGUAAAGUCUAUAGUAUAACAUUACAUGAGUCAUAUGUUCAAACAUAUCAUACAUGUUUACUUACUGUAAGGUAAAAUAUACUAUUUAGUGUCUCUUAUUCACGGAUUCUUGGAAUGGAGAUUACUGUACUUCUUCUGAAUACGCAAUUAACACAGCUGACUAUGGGUAUCUACUACAAUGUAAUUGUAGUGCUAAUGGUUAUGUUGGGUAUGUUAGCGUAAUAUAUGUAUGAUUUACAACGUAUUAUGUUUUAAAAAUAAUUUUUGAGUUUAUAUAGGGUAUUCAAAGUGUCAGCCCCAACACCUUACAGUUACCCAUACUACAAUGAACUUUUACUACAGUUUUCUAUGGUAUGUUGACUAACUUCAACAAUUUUAAAACCUCAUAAUGUAAUAUUUUUGAAACAUCUUACUUUUAUACUAGCAUUUUAACUACUACAAUAUAAUUCUAGUCUUCAAACAAAACUUGUACGCUGGAACAAGCUACUCUGGUUGUAAGCAGUUUGGCUACAGUAAUCGCAGUGCAAGAUACCAGAUUUGUGAAUGUUACUGCGUGUGACGAGGAUGGUAUCUUCGAGGCUACAUUAAGACCAGCCUUGAAUGCGAAUCAAACUGCCAACAGCUAUGUAGUCCAGGCCGUCGUAAAGGCAGUCUACCAACCAGGGGGUUUUGUAACUUCUAAUAACGUUGUGGACAAUGUUACAGUAUCUGUGGUUCAAAGAGGUUUGUUUUUUGGUAUUUUAGGUAUAUUACUGUGCUUUUUGGACUAAGUAAUACUUUUUUUUGAAAAUAUGCAACACAACUAGUAACUUGUUCAUGGUUAAUAUGACUGCUGGUCUUGUGUCUUAGUGUCAGCAUUGCAAUGCCUAUUGGGAUCAGUUUUAUAAGCAAGAUAUUAAGUAUAAUAUGAAGCUUAAACUUACUUUGCAGCCACGAACAACGACGGAAAUGCGCGAAGACUUUCUUUACGGAUCGAAAAGACAUUGAAGGAGAUAGCUCCCAAGAAUUCAGAUGUCUUGGCCGGAAACUGGGUCCAGACUAUGGCCACAAACAUGAAGAUAUCUCAGUUUAGGUUCAAGAACGCUGUCUUGUUGAUUGGUAUGUUACCUAGUUACCUAUGGUAUCCUUUGUUUAUUCUUUAUCUUUAGUUCUUAAAUUGUUAUUGACAUUAAGAUAUCAUUUAUACUGCAGUUUUUGUAAAAGUUUGAAAGAAAAAGUAGUAACUUUCUGUACAGUAAGUCAUUGCAUAACUUACUAUAUUUACAUAAAAUUUUGUAUUAUUUUAGGUUGUCUUUUCAACUUCACCAUAACCCUACCUUUUCCUGGAGAGCUGAGUGAGGUGACUGACAUGUCGGCCGAAGAGAUAUCACUGAUAAUACAAGAGCAGGUAACAUACGAUGAGCUACAGUUGUACGACAAGGACGGUCAGGUUCUCUCAGCUGAUGUCAUCUCUAACAUGGACGUGUAUCAACUGGUGGUAGCUCAGCAGUUGAAUACGUUGGUGGUCGUGUUAGGGGUUCUGAUUACUGUAUUUUGCACUUUGGGGGCUAUAUUUACUGGAGGUCUGGUGUUCGUGAAGGUCAGGACGGACAACCUUAUCCAAGCCCACAACAGAGAGUUCGACGAGCAUUUCAAUCAGAAUCCGACUUCUGGAGAACAUCAGGAUACGGUAGUUUUUAAGUAA